AUGGAUAAUCUUCACAGUGAUAUCUUAGCAAACAUUCUUUCUCGAUUAUCUAUUGAGGCAGCUCUGCAUGGCGAACGUGUAUGCACAACUUGGAGAGCAAUCCUAAGUUCUAAAACUGAUAAGACGGGUUACCUUAUAGCGUUCUCUGGGGAGGUUGAAUUUGAUGGUAAUCAUGUCAAGGGACAACUUUUCUAUGGAGAUGAAUAUGAUUAUUAUGAUCCUUUAGAGAUCAACUAUUACUGCAACUCUUACACCACACUUACGAAGAUAGAGCAUGGCAGAUUUAUUCCAGAAUUCAUGGUUGGAUCUUGCAAUGGGUUGGUUUGUUUUGGAAAAGAUAAUAAAGAUGCUCCACGUAUAUAUCCUUUUUUAAGCUGCAACCUUUUAACUGGAGAAUCUGUUUUUCUUCCUGAAUAUAAUUACUCUGAAUUGCCAAGGGAUAUAUCUAGCGCAGGGCUUCCCUAUCCUAAUUUAGUAAGUGGGUUUGGCUAUCGUCUUUCAACUAAUAAUUACAGGGUUAUGACAAUAUAUUAUCACGAGGAAGAAGGGAGAGGACAUGUUCAGAUAUAUACUGUCGGAGGUAUCUAUGCAUAUGGAAAACUUUACUGGUUGCACCAAGAUACUUACGCACAAGAAUGUGUGGUUGUGGCGUUUGAUUUGGAAGGUGAGAAGUUCAAUUAUAUCCCAUUGCCGCGUUCUGGAGAUUUUUCAUGUAAAGUUCACGCUUCUAACCUGCUUAAGUUGCUUGGUGGUAAUAAUAAAUUGUAUUUGGUUCAUAAUAAUAACUACCGCUAUUCUUGCAUCGAUAUAUGGGUCUACGAGAGAUAUAAUAAGAGUACUGGAACUAGUAGUAGUUACGCCAUGAAAGAGUGUAAUCUGAAACAAAACUAUUCGUCACGUUGGCUUAAGGAGUUUAGCAUACAUAAGCCUUUAUAUCGUUCUAAGCCAUUCUCAAUCACAAGGAAGAAUGAAGUUUUAUUGUGGUGUCAUGACACGACACUCUGUUGCUAUGAUCCAAAGACUUCAACCUUAAACAAACUUUGGGAUGAUGAGGCUAAUGGUACAAAUUGUGCUUACAUCGACACAAUUCCGCACACACUGAGUGUUGUUUCUUUGAAAGCUUUGGGAGAAACUAAUGUUACUUCUUUGAAAGAUUUUGGCCAAGAAAGGAAGGCUAAAAGUGGAGCAGAAAAUGCCCUUGAAAAAACGAUCACAACAAGAGGUGCUAGAAGAAAGAAAAAACCUUAA